CCCACAACACCAUAUCACAAUGGCAUCGUACGCCGCGCGCCUGCGCACCGCAUACCCCUUCAAGGCGCCCAGUACGAGCGUCGACCACCUCGUCGUGGGCGGCGGCGUCGUCGGGCUCAGCGUCGCUGCUGGCUUGGUGAACACUGCUGGCCGGGACCGGACGACGUUUGUCGUCGAGCGGCGGGGACUUCUGGGACAAGAGACGACCGCCCGCAACUCCGAAGUCAUCCACUCGGGCAUCUACUACCCCGUCGGCUCGCUCAAGUCGCGCUUCUGCAUCCGCGGCCGCGACCUGCUGUACAAGCGCGCCGCGGCGCUGGACAUCCGGCACCGCAAGACCGGCAAGCUCAUCGUGGCCACGGACAAGCACCAGAUCCCGUACCUCGACCAGCUGAACGAGCACACGCAGCACCCGUCCUUCUCGACAGGCGGGGAGGUGUCGGCGCGCUCGCCGAACAGCGUGAUCCCGGCGUACUUCCUGUCCGGCGACGAGGCGCGGGAGAUGGAGCCUGAUCUCUCUCCGGACGUGUGCGCGGCGCUGUACGUGCCCGAUACGGGCAUUGUCGAUUCCGCCGGGCUCGUCGACUCGCUCGCGCGCGAGAUCGAAGAGGAGGAUUAUCUUGCCGCUGCGCCAGGCGUCGGCGUCGGCUUGAGCGGUGGCCGCGACUACGAGCGCGGCGAGGGCGUAGUCGUGCCCGGCACGCGCGUGGUGCGGGUCGACCGCGAAGAGAACGGGCCCGGCUGGGUCGUCCAGCUCGAAACUGGCUGGGAAGGCAUCCCAGAGGGCGAGAAGGGCGAGGUUGAGGCCGUGCGCGCCGACGUUGUCAUCGACGCCGCUGGGCUCAACUGCCUCAGCUUGACAGAGAACCUCGUGCCGGAGAAAGAGAGGCUCGGGAUGUGGAUCUCGAAGGGCAACUACAUGUCCUACAAGGGCCCCGGUGUCUCCAAUAUCCAGCGGCUCAUCUACCCGUGCCCCGGCCGCACACUCGACCACCUCGGCACCCACCUGACGCUCGACCUCGACGGCAACGUGCGCUUCGGGCCGGACGCCGAGCCGCUCGGGACGGACGCCGACUCGCGCGCCAACCCCGACUACUGGACGUCGCACCUCGCCGCGUCCGAGGCGCAGCUCGAGGCGAUUGGGCGCGCGGCGCGCGAGUACCUGCCCGGCGUGGACGCGUCGCGCCUGACCCCCGACUAUGCCGGCUUCCGGCCCAACAUCCGCCCGCCGGGCGCAGGCUUCUUCGACUUUGUCGUCCGCCACGCGCCCGAGCGCCGCGGCCUCGUCGAGCUCAUGGGCUUUGCUAGUCCCGGCCUGACUAGCAGCCUUGCCGCCGGCGAGUAUGUCGCGCGCCUCGUGCGCCGCGAGGUGUGGAACGAGGCGGCGGGUGCCGAGAAGCUCGCAGAGGGGUGGGAGCUGUAG